AUGCGCAAUUCCGUUCUUGCCGCUGCUGCCGCCCUGGCUCUGGGAGCCAAUGCCGACAUCUACCCCAACUACGAGUAUGGCAACAUGUUCUAUCUUGGCCCUACGACGGGCGGCCAGUACAUUACGAAGGCUACCUAUUCCAUGGAGGUUCCUACUCCUCCGAAGGACUGGGUCAAGAGCAAUGAGAAUGAGCGCUGGCUCUCACUGUGGAUCGGUGUCCAGGACAACCCGAACAACGGCGAUGUUCUGAAGAUGAACUUCGUCCAACCCUUGCUCAACUGGGGUCCUGACAACACCGCAUGGGGCUGCAGCGCUCCUAACACCCAAUGGUGUGUCGCUGCCAGCACUUACACUCCCGACGGGCAAAUCGGCCAGCCGUACGUUGAGGUUGACGAAAACGCAACCUUGGACUUUGAGAUAUCUCUUAACUCCUCUACCGACAUGAUCGACCAGAAGGUCUGGUCCAAGGGAAAGCUACUCUCUUCGGAGUCCGAUUCCAAGGGCAUGAGGCCUGCCGUGUUCUACUCCGGCAACGAGUGCUACGGCGAUGGCUGCGGUACCCUUGAUGCGUACGCAUACAACAACAUCACCUUGGUCUUCAACAAGGCCGUUCAGAACAUCGGUGACAUCGUGUCGUACACCAACGCAACUCACACUGAAUGGCAGACUAAGGAUAACGGAAUCACCUGGACAAUUGACUCAAUCACCAUUGAGAAGGACAACCUCACAGAAUAA